UGGAGAGGUGGGGCUACAAGGCGCCAGUGAUGCGUCCCCAAGCCACUGGAAGGGGCGGGGCUCCUGUGGAGAGGCGGGGCUACAAGGCGCCAGUUACGCCGUGGCCUCUCUUUCAGGACUGGGAGGCGGAGAGCCACGACUGGUACUGCUUCGAGUGCCACCUGCCCGGCGAGGUGCUGGAGUGCGACGGCUGCUUCCGCGUCUUCCACCUGCGCUGCCUGGCUGAGGAGAGCCGGCCCCGGGACACCGGCACCCACUGGCAGUGUGCAGUGUGUAAGGGCAGUAAAAAGAAGAACCUUAACAAGCAAGAAAUGAGCAAAUAUCUGCGCUUUAUCGUGCAGAGAAUGAAGGAGAGGGCUGUGGAUCUGAAUAAGAAAGGGAAAGACACCAAGCAUCCGAUGUACAAAAGGCUGAUCCACACCGCGCUGGACGUGGCCAACAUUCAGGAGAACCUCGCAGACGGAAAAUACAAGAGUUUCGACGAGUUCAAGGCAGAUGCUCAGCUGAUUGUGCACAAUACGGCCAUUUUGUUUGGAGUUCACAGCGAUCAGGCAGAAAUAGCACGACUGCUGUACAGUGAUACCUGCCACGAGGUGAGCACCUCCCCCCCCUGCUGUAUGCUUUACCCCUCUGGGGUCUAGGGGUAGGGAAGAUACUUUCACUGACUGGGACAUUUCAUUCAAUAUCAUUUCAUCAUUUCAAUAUCAACUUAAUCCAUGGCAAAUUUCUUUUUUCUUAUAUAUUUGUUUUGCCAUUAAACUCAUCUUUAAUGGCACUGGUGCCUCAUCUGUACUUUGUAAAUAUGUCAGAUUUAUGUGAAGUUUGUAAUUUGACAUCAAAGAUUAGACAUUGCAAA